AUGGCGACCGAGCAAGCGGCAUCCGAGCUCAAGCAGCAGGGCGCCAUCGAGGCGGCACGCGACCCUGAGAGCUCCGUGACAGCCGACGAUGCCCAGAAGAAGAUGCUCGAGGAGAGCAAGGCUGCUGGUGUAGCUGCCUUUACCUUUGAUCCAGAUGCCAGCCCGGAGGAGAAGAGGGCCCAGGCCAGAGCUGCUGUUCCAGAGGGAUUCCAUUCCAAGCGGCCCAAAGGCGCAGCACUCGUGACCGACCAAGACGACGGAAGCAAGCCGCAAUACGAUUUGCCAGAAGCCUCCAAGGCCGGCGUUGUUGAGACCUCGAAGGACGCCGACGGAAAGACGAUACAAGAGGACGACGACGCGGAAGAUGGCGGAGCAAAGAUGGGGCCGAUGACUGGCUGGGCACCCCAGUUUGGCUGGCCUGUUGAGUCUAUCCAAGAGGGCGAGAGCCUGCUCGACCAUCAGACCUGGAUGGAGGGAAAGGUUCCGGACAAGUUCUAUGGUGACUGGUACUACAAUGCCGCCGUCAUCGCAUUUGCUUGCAUUUCCUCGUGGUUCGUGGCUGUUCUUGGAGGCGGCCUGGGAUGGGUCUUCAUCAUCAUGGCCAUCUGCGGGACCUACUACCGGACUUCGCUCCGUCGAGUCCGCCGCAAUUUCCGGGACGACUUGAACCGCGAGCUUUCACUCAAACGCUUGGAGACUGAUACAGAAUCUCUCGAGUGGAUCAAUUCAUUCCUCGUCAAAUUCUGGCCCAUCUACCAGCCAGUGCUUGCGCAGACUAUCAUCAAUUCGGUCGAUCAGGUCUUGAGCGGUGCGACGCCCGGGUUCCUCGACAGCUUGAAGCUAAAGACAUUCACACUGGGAUCCAAACCGCCGCGCAUGGAGCACGUCAAGACCUAUCCGAAGGCGGAUGAUGACGUGGUCAUGAUGGAUUGGAAGUUCAGCUUCACCCCAAACGACACCGCCGACAUGACCGCCCGCCAGGUCAAGAACAAGAUCAAUCCCAAAGUCGUUCUCGAAAUCAGAGUUGGCAAGGCCAUGAUCAGCAAGGGCCUCGAUGUCAUUGUUGAAGACAUGGCUUUCUCCGGAAUUAUGCGCCUGAAGAUGAAACUACAACUCCCCUUCCCACAUAUCGAGAAAGUCGAGAUGUGCUUCCUCGAACGUCCGACCAUCGACUAUGUCUGCAAGCCUCUUGGUGGUGAGACCCUUGGCUUUGAUAUCAACUUCAUUCCCGGUCUCGAGAGCUUUAUACUUGAACAGAUUCAUGGCACAUUGGCACCCAUGAUGUAUGCGCCAAAUGUGUUCCCUCUCGAGAUCGCCAAGAUGCUUGCUGGAUCUCCUGUUGACCAGGCCAUCGGUGUCGUUGCAAUCACUCUACACGGUGCUCAGGGGUUGAAGAACCCCGACAACUUCUCCGGCAAUCCUGAUGGCUAUGCUGUUGUCACUGUGAACAAGAGACAGCCCUUGGCACAGACUAAGGUUAUCAAGGACACGCCGAACCCACGGUGGAAUGAGACCCACUACAUCAUUGUUACUUCCUUCCACGACUCUUUGGAUAUUGAAGUCUACGACUGGAACGAGUUCCGCAAGGACAAGGAUCUGGGCACUGCCUCUUUUGCUCUCGAGCAUCUCGAAGACGAUUACGAUCACGAGAAUCAGCGCCUGGAGAUCAAGUCUGGCGGAAAAGACCGUGGUGUUCUUAUGUGUGACAUUCGCUUUUUCCCAGUCCUGGAAGCUACUAAAGACACGGAUGGCAAUGAAGAGCCGCCGCCGGAGACGAACACAGGUAUUCUCCGGUUCACUGUGGAACAGGCCAAGGAUCUCGAUGGCUCAAAGAGUCUCGUCGGCCAGCUCAACCCAUAUGCGAACCUCCUGCUCAAUGGCAAGGAAGUACACGCUACGAAGAAGUUGAAGCGGACCAACAACCCUAUCUGGGACAACGGGUCCAAAGAGAUCCUUAUAACAGAUCGUAAGAGCGCGAAGCUCGGCGUCGCUAUCAAAGAUGACCGUGAGCUAGCCGGUGACCAGAUCCUGGGAACGUACCAGAUCAAACUAGACGAUAUGCUGGAGCUGAUGGCCAAGGGACAAGACUGGUAUAAUCUCGCUCAGACCAAGACUGGCCGAGUGAAAAUGCAGGCUCAAUGGAAACCCGUGGCGUUGUCUGGGGUUGUUGCUGGCACUGGAGGCUAUCAAACACCAAUCGGUGUCAUGCGAUUUCAUUUCAAGAACGCCAAAAACCUGCGCAAUCUCGAGGCAAUGGGCAAGUCUGACCCGUACGUACGCGUUUUGCUCUCUGGCAUCGAGCGGGGUCGCACAGUGCAUCACCGCAACACUUUGAACCCAGACUGGGACGAAGUCAUCUACAUCCCCGUGCACUCUGCGCGUGAGAAGCUGGCGAUCGAGGUCAUGGACUUCGAGAAGAUGGGCAAAGACCGAAGCCUCGGCUUGAUUGAGAUUCCUGCCAGCGAGUACAUUUCACAAGACGACGUUGGGGAAUAUCUUGUCCACGACAAGAAGGAGCCACGUGAAGACGGCCUUAAAAUGCACGGAAAAGGUGUUCCCAAGGGACUGCUCAACUAUACUGUCGCUUUCUAUCCUACGCUGAAUGUCGCCGACCCCGAAGACGAGGAGGAGGAAGAAGAAAAAGAGAGACUGAGCACGUCCGCAGCAUCUCAAAACGGGGACGCGAAGCAGUCACUCGAUGUACCACGCUCUGGAGAAGCCGGCAAAUUCUCCUCCACAUUGGGCGCGUCCGCUGAUGGAGACAAAGGCAAGGACGGAACACCGCCCAAGUCGCCUGUCACCCCUGUUUCCCCUGGCUUUCCAAGGAAGUCGAGGGAGGAAAGACGCCCGCCUAAGGUUCACCUCACUCCUCAAGAGCUCGUCAAGUACGACUCUGGUCUUAUCAUCUUCAAACUCAUGGAAGCAGAAUUGCCAGAAAGCCAUUCUCAUAUCGAGGUUUUUGUGGAUGACAUGGCUUUCCCCUCUUAUGUGUCCUCCACUGCCAAGCAUAAGCACAACCAGUUCGAUGAAAUUGGGGAUUGCUUCAUUCGCGAGCUGGAAUUCUCCAAGUUGACGAUCAAGGUACGAGAGAAGGGUGGGAAGCAAGGCGAAGACGAUAAGGAUCACACGCUGGCUCGGCUGUCAGGCAAUACCCUGGACACACUGAAGCAGUGUUUGAAUAACCCUACUACUCUAAUCAUGAAGGAUGAGGACGGAAGACCCAGCUCGGUGAAAGUCAGCCUGAAGUAUGUUCCAGUAAAGAUGCAGCUUGAUGCCAGUGAGAGCAUCAACAACAUGGGCAAUCUUCGUGUCGACGUACUGGACGCUGCGGAGCUGCCGUCCGCAGACUCAAAUGGCAAGAGUGACCCUUACUGCAAGUUCGAGUUGAAUGGCCGAGAGGUAUUCAAGACGAAGGUGCAAAAGAAGACACUCCAUCCCGCCUGGAACGAGUUUUUCGAGGUUCCAAUUCCCUCGCGCACUGCCGCAGACUUCAGUGUCAAGGUUAUGGAUUGGGACUUUGCAGACAAGCCUGAUUUCCUCGGUGGAGCGGCCAUCAAUUUGGAAUCACUGGAUCCGUUCAAGGCGCAGGAGGUCAAGCUGAUCCUGGAUGGAAAGUCCGGUGUCCUGAGACUGCGGCUACUUUUCCGCCCAGAUUACGUGACGAGAACCCGACAAGGUUCUUCAACAUUCUCUGGUACAUUCGCUGCGCCAGGCAGAAUCGUUACUGGCGUCGCUGGUGCACCUAUCAAGGGCGCCACGGGUAUUGUCCACGGCAUCGGCAAAGGUGCUUCUUUCAUGAAGCGCGGCUUUACGGGCCGGAAGAAGGAUGAUGAUUCUAUCCCAGAAUCACCAUCCGUCGGCCUCCAGGAGUCGCCUGUGGUCAUCAAUGGUGGUGAUUCGACCCCUGGUGGUCUCAAGCGAUCGACUGGUAUUGGAUUCCCCGAUGGUGAUGUUUCACCGGAUGCCUCUCCAACACCGGCCCUAGGUGCCAGCAACGGAAACCAUAACCGCACGAAAAGCUUCGGCGCAGCGUCUACACACAGUGCAAUAGUGCCUGGACCAGGAGCUGGCACGGCUACAUUCACCAUCGUUUCCGCCGCAGGCUUCCCAGCGUCCUCGGACUUAUUUAUUGUUGUCCAGCAGACAAUGCCGAAGAACAAAACCAUCGGCAAGACGAAGCAUCACAAAGCCUCAGGAGGGACAUUCACCUUCGGAGAAACAUUCAAGUGUGUCUGCGCCCCUGACGCAGCCUUCUCCAUCCAGGCCAAGGAAAACCACACCCUUCGAAGCGAUGAGGACCUGGGCGAACAGUUCUUCCCUCUUGAUGAAUCACCAUCUGUGAGCGAGAAGACGAUCAAUGUUGGCAGCGGCACGGUUGUCGUGAAGAGUUCCUUCGUCUCCUCCUCCUCCGAAGCCAACGGUGGCGGCAGUCUGGGCGGCGGCAGUCUGGCGCCGGGCAGCCCUAAGUCGGCAUUCUCGCGACGAAGCUUCCUGGGCAAGAGGGAGGGCAGCAGCGCACGCAGCCGGGAGCCUACGCCCAACCCUUAG